GAGUAUGGCGGGUGAUCAUGAGGAAGAGGAGUCUUUACUGGCCAGUUAUUCAGCUCCGCCAGACAGACCACAGGCUAAUGGGACGUUUGGCCACCCCCAAAGACGGACCAAACAUGGGAAACCCUUGUCUCUGGUCAGCAAGGUGUGCUUCGCCCUGGGAGGGAUGCCGUAUCAGAUGACCAACAACGUUAUCGGCUUUUUCAUCUCCAUCUUCCUUCUGGAGGUUGCACAGAUCCGGCCUGCAUAUGCAUCGGUCAUUUUGUUUGGAGGCAGAGCGUGGGACGCCAUCACUGACCCGCUGGUGGGAUUUCUGGUCAGUAAGACCAAUACAAGAUGGGGCAAGCUGCGGCCAUGGAUAAUUUUUUCGGCUCCAUUUGGUGUGGCAUCAUACUUCUUCCUGUGGUACGUGCCAGCAGACUUCAGUGAGGAGGCUAGGCUGGGCUGGUACUUCCUCAUGUACUGCCUGUUUGAAGCAGCACUCAGUUGCUUCCAUGUGCCUUACACUGCCUUGACCAUCUACCUCAGUGCUGACCCAAAGGAGCGGGACUCUGCCACAGCAUACAGAAUGUUCUGUGAGGUUCUGGGAGUGUUACUGGGCAGUGCUAUUCAGGGACAGAUCGUUGCUGGUAUUGGAGGGUCCACAGAGAAGGACUGCAACAAUCCUGGGGCCACUGUUAGUCCUGAGGCCAAGGCAAAUCUGGAAAAAGCUUACCUUGUUGGUGCUGGAGUAAUGUGUGGCUUCUACCUCUUAUGUGCUGCAACUGUGUUCUUUGGAGUGAAGGAGAGAAAAGAUGUAGAAGGAGGUAGUGAAGAAGAGGAGGCAUCAUUUUUUGAGGGUCUGAAGCUGGUCUUCAAACACGGUCCAUAUGUAAAACUCACCAUGAGCUUCCUCUUCCUUUCACUGGCUAUUCAGUCUGUACAGGGGAACUUUGCCUUGUUCUGUCAGCAUGCCCUUGGCCUUGGAGAUCAGUUCCAGAAUCUCAUCAUUGCUCUAUUGGGAGCAGCCAUUCUGUGCAUGCCAGUCUGGCAGUGGUGUCUUGUCAAGUAUGGGAAGAAGACAGCUCUCUUCUGGGGGACUGCAGUAUUUAUCCCCACCCUGUUCACCCUGUUGUACAUCCCGGGAAACCCCUACGCAGUCUACCCCAUCACCAUACUGGGCGGAGUCGGCAUCUCUGUUGCCUUCCUGCUGCCAUGGUCUAUGUUACCUGAUGUUGUGGAUGACUUCACACUGAAGACAGGAACAAGGCGAGAGGCCAUCUUCUACUCUUUCUACGUCUUCUUCACCAAGUUUGCUGCUGGCAUCUCUUUAGGCCUCUCCACUCUCAGUCUGGAAGCUGCUGGCUAUGUCACCGGGGCCUGCUCCCAGUCUGCCAUUGUGGGCUUCACCCUGAGGAUGCUGGUGGCUCCAGCUCCCAUUGUCUUCAUCAUCAUCUCCCUCCUCUUCCUGUGGAGCUAUCCCAUCACUGAGGAGAGGAGGAGAGUCACUAAGGCAGCACUGGAACACAAACGGGACAAGACAAGACGCAAUGGACAGCCUGAUGCCCUGGACUCAAGUCUGGAGGGGUCCACAAGAGUAUAGUACCUAAAAAUUGUACUUGUACCUUGUGAUUAAAAUCAAGUAUCAUUCAUGGGUGCUUAACACAUCAUGUUGGCUGUAAAUAUUCAGAUCUGAAACUGUACACUAUCAAAUCUUAUUCACAUGAAGUGCAAUAAACAGCUAUCAGGGAGAGACAUUGAGAUUCCUUUAGAACAAUUAAACAUGAGUCAAUUUUUUAAAUAUUUUUAUACAUGUGUAUACAAUUUUGCAAUGUACAGUAUCCUGAUUCUUAAAAUUUUAUAACUUAAGGUAAGGUUUUGCAAAUGUAAUUACAUGUAAUACAUGUAAUGUGAUGAUUCAGAAGUGAAAUGAUUAUAUGUGAGAAAUGCCCUAAUCCCUACAUGUAAUAAGGUUUAUUGUUUUAUUGGAUAGACUAGCAUAGCUACAAAGAGGUUUGGGUCACAGUGGAUUAGAUGUCAUAUCAUGUGAUAUGCCUCUACUGUCUAUCUUACUGGUUUUUCAAAUGUGUAUUAUGAUGUUUCAGUUUUGACUGAUGGAAUUGUCAUAUCAUAUUAUUUUAAUAAGUAAAUAUAUAAUUUAUAGCACCCUUAUUACUACAACUGCACUAAUGCGACUCCUGAAUCAUGAAGUAACAAAGAAAUAAUUAUCAGUCUAAAUUUUAUGACAAUAAACAAAUCUUUAUUCA